CUAUGGUAUCAGCUCAUGGAGGAGCAGGUGGUGAGGAGAAACAAAGUAGAAGAAUAAAGACAGAGUAAAGUCACCACAGAGUGGACAGAAGGUUGGAUUUAAAUAAAAGUGUCAAAGUGUGAGAUGGAGGAAGGAGGAGCGGUGGUGACGGAGGAGGUUCACGUUCACAUGCUUAGUUCUGCAUUACAUGUUGCAACAGAGUGAAGGCAGGAAACACAGAUGACACACUCAACGUCUCUCUGCUUCACACUGAUACCACAGACACACACAGGAGGAGGAGGAACCAGACAGUAAACCAAGACAGAAGACAAGAAAGAAGGAGAAAUAAAAGGAGAACGUAAAGGAGAGGGUCAACAAAAAGAGGUGCAACGAAAAGAGUCAAAAACAACGCAGAGGAAAAAGAAGGAGGUAAAGAGGAGUGACGCCACAACAAGAAGAAAGGAGGAGGAGGAGGAGGAGGAGGGAGAAAAGAGGAAGAGGAUUCAAGAAAAAAGUAGAAAUAAGAAGAAGAAAAGAAACUGAGACGCAGAAGAGAGACAAAGCAGAAGAGGAAGCAAAAAGUUAGAGAGGAGGUGAGGAGACAGAGACAAGACAGCAGAAGACAGGAGGAGGAGGAGGAGGAGGAGGAGGAGGAGAGGAAAGUGGAGCAGAAAGAGGAGAAGAACAAAGAGGUGAGGAGGAGAGGAGGAGGUGCAGCAUCAUCAUGGAGGAGGACAUCAGGAAGAAGGGGAUGCUGUACCUGCAGCAGCAGAGGUUUGGAAAGAAGUGGAAGCGUGUGUGGUGCGUCCUGUACAGAGAGAGUUCCUGUUCGAUUUCCAGACUGGAGUUCUUUGAGUGUAAAGAUGGAGGCAGUGUGGAGAAGAACGACAAGAGUCUACGCAAACAGCAGGAGCACAAGAAGGUGAUCCGUCUGGCGGACUGUAUCCGGGUGUCUGAGGUGGAGAUGGACGGAUGUCCCAGAGACACGGGACCCUUCCUGAUCGAGACCACAGAGAAAAUCUACGUGUUUGCCGCAGACCGACUGCAACUGGACGACUGGACACACAAACUGUGUGAGAUCGCCUUCCCUAUGAAGUGGACAGAGCACGGGGUGAAGAGAGGCAGCCUGCAGAGAGGACACAGAGUGGAGGAAGAGGAGGGGAUGGAGGACAACUCACUGUACAGCGGCAGAGAGACAGUAGUGCGUGACUUCAGAGUGUGUGUUCGGAGGACGGAGGCGUCUGAUCGCUGCAGGCUGAAGGGAGAUGGGUUCCUGCGAGCAGACGUGGACGCUCUCCUCCUGAUGGACAAGAGCGGUGACGUGGUGUACACCUGGCCGUACAGAUACCUGCGCCGCUUUGGACGAGACAAGUCCACCUUCUCCUUCGAGGCCGGCCGGCGGUGCGACUCCGGCGAGGGCAGCUUUGAGUUCGACACCAAGCAGGGGAACUUCCUGUUUCAGGCGGUGGAGGCCGCCAUCAACCUGCAGAGGAUCUCCCUGCCCCAGAGGCAGACGUCCGGGGGGGGCCAGCUGAGUCCAGAGACCCCCCAGGACAUGAGCCUGCCCCCCCUGCCCCUCAACCCGCCCCUGACCCAGAGCAGGACGCCACCGCUGCCUCAGCCACGCAGCCAUGUCCCACAACCCCCUGCUGCUCAGCAGGCAGCUGACGGCGUGUACAGCAUGGUGACUGAAACUCCAAACCACCAGAUGAUUCAUCACAAAGACAAAGAGAGCUCCUCUUCCUCACAGCAGCAGCAGCGCCCCCAGAUGUCUCAUCUGGAGCCUCCGGUCGACAAAGUGCUGACGGGUGUGAAGAGUUUGACCUUGGACACUCGUGGCGUCCCCAUCCCGCGUAAGAACCAGGUCAAGAUGAUCUCCAGCUGCCCUCUGCCUCACGCCGGCCCCGAGCCUGGCCCCCACUCGGCCCCGGGCCCCGGCUCCAAACUGGACCAGAUGUACUCCCAGAUCACCCUGCCAGCCGCUGCAGAGCGAGGCACCAAGAGGGAGAAGAGGAGUGGCGGCACCCCUCCUGUUGUCCACCCGGAGCCGGAGUAUUCGCUCCCCUUCGACACCAUCGCUGUGAACACCAUGGCCGACAUCCUGAAGUCCCAUCAUGCUCACAGACCUGAGUCCGGCGCCGACCCGCUCUACGACAGCAUCGAUGAGAUGAAGAUCAGGAACAUCUUCACAAGUGAUGCCACUGCCGCCACCGGGCCAACAUACGGGAAGAUUGAGCACAUCUACGAUGAGCCCGAAGGCUGCGCCGUCCCCACCGCCACACAGAAACCUCCCACCUCGUUGUACGACGACCCCGAGGAGAUGAGAGGAGACGCCUGGAGGAUUAUGGGUACCCCUGCUGACCCUAAGGGUCAUGAGUACCCGUACAACCCGCGGGUGGACGACUACGCCGUUCCCAAACGAGCCAAGAGGGCGAUUCCUGUUGCACAAAGCACUGAUGAAGAGGAAGAAGAAGAGAGGGAGGAGCCACAGGGGGAGGAGGAAGAGGAGGAGCAGAGGGAGGAGCAGCAGGAUUCACCGUACAACAACGUGAUGGUGAAGAUGGCGUAGAUGAGACAGGAAGCAGCUGUGAGCGUUAACAUGUGUUAGGUUUAUCAAUAAUCAGAGACGAACACUGACGCUCGCUCAGAGCGCCAUCUUUACUCUCAUCGUUUCACGGCAGCGUCCUCAUCCUCGUCCUUGUCUCUGGACGACGACGUCAGUCAGCGUCUUCUCUGUUCAUAAUUAUGUCUCAGUUUGCUGCUGACUUAUGUUCUUUAAAAACUUUUAUUUUCAUCAUCGACUGAUCAUUUAUAUAAAUUAAUAAACUUUAUUUAUACAACAGGUUUCAAACAAAGUUACAACCAGGAGCAAAAAUAUUUCAGGACAUCGAAUCAGAUGAUCACAAGAGUUUGAGUUCAGAUGGAGACAGAAACAUAAAGAUAGAAAACACCAACAUCAAACUGAUCAGACAUGUUGGAAAUAAAACGAGCGGCUCGCAUUAA